GAAAGGGAGAAACCUAUUAGUGGCAUGGUUGCGGUGACUUCCACGCUUCCUUUUCUCCCAAAUACCAAUAUCCCUUUCAUUCUGGAGUUCGGCGGCCGCUCCCGCUUUUCAGCCGGUUAUAACUUCGGCCACAAGAUGGCACUGACCCGCAAACAAAGGGACACACAGCGGCUCCGACUUUGGAAGAGCCUCCUAAAAUCGUCUCGCCUUCCCGGGGGUCGAGGAGUGUGCGGAUGAGUGCUUACUUUCCUCUGUUCCGUGCGUCUGUGUCCAACAAUGUGCGGGUAUGUUUAACUGCCCUUCUUUCCAGAAUUCCUAGGCAACGCGCCCCAGAGGAUUUGAGCAGGAGAAAUUCCAGCGGAUCUUUUCUCCCCUCUCUGCUCCCUUCCGUUACCGUUCUUCCCGCUUUCAUAAACGGGCGGAAAAGACGAAUCCAACGGAGGAGUGCUCAGAUUUGUCAUGCCCACCUGGAUCCUGUGCAAAAGCCUAACUCACUAGGUGACACGCAGGCAGGGGGGCGUGCAGAGCCUGCCUGUCUCUACCUGCACAGAAACGUAGAAGCAGUAUCUGGCAGUCCCAAGACUCUAGAAUGCUUCCCUGGUGAAGAAGAGAGCAGAAAGCGAUCCAGCCCAGCUGCCCACCUCUGACUAAAGCAUUGUUCAUUUCAAGGGAAUGAAGAAUUCAGAAUAAUUUUGAGAAAUGGAUUGCAAUAUGGAGAAUUAAGAAAAAGCUGAACAUUUGAUCUGCUUUGAAGAAACAUAUUUUCCAUUUGUCUAGUGUAAUCUAUAACAGCCAAACCAAUCAAAAUGAAUUCAACAUUAUUUUCCCAGGUUGAAAAUCAUUCAAUCUUCUGUAAUUUUUCAGAGAAUUCCCAGUUUUUGGCUUUUGAAAGCGAUGAUUGUCAUCUGCCCUUGGCCAUGAUAUUUACAUUAGCUCUUGCUUAUGGAGCUGUAAUUAUUCUUGGGGUCUCCGGAAACCUGGCCUUAAUUAUAAUCAUCUUGAAACAAAAGGAGAUGAGAAAUGUUACCAAUAUCCUGAUUGUGAACCUUUCCUUCUCAGACUUGCUUGUUGCCAUCAUGUGUCUCCCUUUCACAUUUGUCUACACCUUAAUGGACCACUGGGUUUUUGGUGAGGCAAUGUGCAAGUUGAAUCCUUUUGUGCAAUGUGUUUCAAUCACCGUGUCCAUUUUCUCUCUGGUUCUCAUUGCUGUGGAGCGCCAUCAGCUGAUAAUCAACCCGCGAGGGUGGAGACCCAGUAACAGACAUGCUUAUGUAGGUAUUGCUGUCAUUUGGGUUCUUGCUGUGGUUUCUUCUCUACCUUUCCUCAUCUAUCAAGUAUUGACAGAUGAGCCGUUCCAGAAUGUAACACUUGACGCAUUCAAGGACAAAUACGUGUGCUUUGAUAAGUUUCCAUCGGACUCCCAUAGGUUAUCUUAUACAACUCUCCUCUUGAUGCUGCAGUAUUUUGGCCCACUCUGUUUUAUAUUUAUUUGCUACUUCAAGAUAUAUAUACGCUUAAAAAGGAGAAACAACAUGAUGGACAAGAUGAGAGACAAUAAAUACAGGUCCAGUGAAACCAAAAGAAUCAACAUCAUGCUGUUGUCCAUCGUAGUAGCGUUUGCAGUCUGCUGGCUACCCCUUACCAUCUUUAACACUGUGUUUGAUUGGAAUCAUCAGAUCAUUGCUACGUGCAACCACAAUCUGUUAUUCCUGCUGUGCCACCUUACAGCAAUGAUUUCCACUUGUGUCAACCCCAUAUUUUAUGGAUUUUUGAACAAAAAUUUCCAGAGAGACUUGCAGUUCUUCUUUAACUUUUGUGAUUUCCGGUCUCGGGAUGAUGACUAUGAGACAAUAGCCAUGUCUACCAUGCACACAGAUGUUUCUAAGACUUCUUUGAAACAAGCAAGCCCAGUCGCAUUUAAGAAAAUCAACACUGAUGAUAAUGAAAAAAUCUGAAACUCCUGUAGCAUAUGGUCCCAGAUGACAUCUGUCUAAAAACAAGCACAACCUGUAACAUCUUUUCAUUACCUAUUCCCCCAGGGAAUGAGGUUAUAAUCAUUUAAGAAAGACCAAGAUUUGCUUGUCUUGCUUUUUACUGCUUUUAUUGUAGCUGUCAUAAUUACGCUGGGACAAAAUGUAUGGGCUUUGGAAACUUCUGACAAUAGUUUUGACCAGACAUCCUUAAAGUGCUUUUUGUAAACUUCUGCAUAUGAUACAAAGACUUUUAUAUUCAAUUUGUUGGAAUGAAGUUUCUUUAAAUUAUUACUAUUGACUGACUUUAGAAGCACUGCAUCUGAAACUCAUUAGGCCAGGCCAUCCUGUGUUGAUUAGAUUAGAUAGUCAUUGGACUGGGCAAUCUUGAUGUAAUGAUAGACAUAUUUCAGUCUGUUACAGAGGUGAUAGCAUGCAAAAGCAGCAUUCGAGAUGUGGAGUUAAGCCUACGUCUUGCAGACCUACAGUCUGAAGUCACCGAGUGGUUUGCAUUUUUUUUUUUUUUGGUGUAAGACCAGAUUUAAUUUGCUCCUGAUUAUCACUUGAGAUAAAAAUGUAUUAAAAAAAUACUUCUCAGCUGUGAAUAUCAUGGGGAAUUGGGCCACCCACAAGAAUUAAGUGGGAAAGCAAUUCUCUAACUUCAAAACUAUUUUGGUACCUGACAACCAAAGGAUUUCAGAGUAAUUAAUUUAACAAGCAAAUUAGUAUUGCAUCAUAUAUUUGAAUUGUAUUCAUCAGAAUUGUUGGUCAUGAGGUUUUCCAUUCUUCACAGACUGUUCAGUGUUGUCGAGCAUAAAUCUAUAUGUGACUCAAAAGACAUUUCCAGCUUACAAUAUAUAAAAACACAAAGUGUAUUUUCCAUACAUCAGUGCCUACAAAGUAACACAUUUUUAACUUUUUCAAUGUCCAUUCUUUAAAAAAGGACACCAAAGUAUGCUGUUAAAAGAAUGUUCACUCUGGCUAGCAGGGCUAAAUACCU